AUGUCAUCCGAAAAGUCAGGCCUCCCGGAUUCAGUCCCUCACACUUCUCCACCGCCGUACAAUGCCCCCCAGCCCCCUGCCGAACCCCCCGCCCCGCCCCCACAGGCAGCCCCUUCCUCGCACCAUCACCACCACCACCACUACCACCAGUCUGGCACCGCCACCCUCCCGCGCUUAGGGGCAGGUGGCCUGGCCUCUUCCGCAGCCGCCGCUCAGCGAGGUCCCUCGUCCUCCGCCACGCUGCCGCGGCCCCCCCACCACGCCCCGCCCGGCCCGGCCGCCGGGGCUCCCCCACCCGGCUGCGCUACCUUGCCCCGCAUGCCACCCGACCCUUACCUGCAGGAGACUCGCUUCGAGGGCCCACUUCCCCCGCCACCGCCUGCUGCCGCCGCCCCGCCCCCGCCGGCGCCAGCCCAGACUGCCCAGGCCCCGGGCUUCGUGGUACCCACGCACGCGGGGGCGGUGGGCACGCUGCCGCUGGGGGGCUACGUAGCGCCCGGCUACCCCCUGCAGCUGCAGCCCUGCACUGCUUACGUGCCGGUCUACCCGGUGGGCACGCCCUAUGCAGGCGGGACUCCGGGGGGAACGGGAGUGACCUCCACUCUCGCCCCGCCGCCCCAGGGCCCAGGGCUGGCCCUACUGGAGCCGAGGCGCCCGCCACACGACUACAUGCCCAUCGCCGUGCUGACCACGAUCUGUUGCUUCUGGCCUACGGGCAUUAUCGCCAUCUUCAAGGCAGUGCAGGUGCGCACGGCCUUGGCCCGAGGAGACAUGGUGUCGGCCGAGAUUGCUUCACGCGAAGCCCGGAACUUCUCCUUUAUCUCCCUGGCCGUGGGCAUCGCAGCCAUGGUGCUCUGUACCAUCCUCACCGUAGUCAUCAUCAUCGCCGCGCAGCACCACGAAAACUACUGGGAUCCCUAA